UUUCUCUCCUACUAUGAGGUGGGGCUGCCGAUUGCCUAGACCCUCUUGGGGCUCUGGUCUGGGAAGAGCAACCCAGCCACCAGAUGAACGCAUCCCCUUUCUGAUCUACUGGAGUUGGCCUCUGAAAGGAGAAUGUCCCCUUGGACCCCAUAGAACCUUUGCACGCCACCAUGGAAGCUCAGCCGACAGUGCUCCCCCAUCAGGGAAACAUGGACAGCUGUAUCGGAGCACCUCUGCAGCUGAAGCUAUCCAGCGGCACCGUGGGAACCUGGCUGAGUGGUUCAUCCGGCUGCCCAGGGAGGAGCGCCAGUUUGGCCCGACUUUUGCACUAGACACAGUCCAUGUGGACCCUGUGAUCCGUGAGAGUACCCCAGAUGAGCUCCUUCGCCCAUCUGCAGAGCUGGCUCUGGAACAUCAGCUGCCCCAGCCUGGACUACCCCCUCUGGCCCUGUCUCAACUCUUUGGCCCAGAUGCUUGUGGGCGCCAGGUGCAGACAGUGGUGCUAUAUGGGACGGUGGGCACAGGCAAGAGCACACUGGUGCGGAAGAUGGUCCUGGACUGGUGUCAUGGACAACUGCCACACUUUGAGUUGCUUAUCCCCUUCUCUUGUGAGGACCUGUCAUCCCUGGGCCCUACCCCAGCCUCCUUGUACCAGCUUGUGGCCCAGCGCUACACACCCUUAAAGGAGGUUCUGCCUCUGAUGGCUGCUGCUGGGUCCCGCCUGCUCUUUGUGCUCCAUGGCUUGGAGCGUCUCAACCUUGACUUCCGGUUGGCAAGCACAGGGCUUUGCAGCGAUCCUGAGGUGCCAAAAGAGCCAGCUGCCAUCGUUGUCAAUCUACUGCGUAAAUACAUGUUGCCUGAGGCCAGCAUUCUAGUGACCACCCGGCCCUCUGCCAUUGGCCGCAUCCCCAGCAAGUAUGUGGGUCGCUAUGGCGAGAUCUGUGGCUUCUCAGAUACCAACCUGCAGAAACUCUACUUCCAGCUCCGCCUCAACCAGCCAGACUGUGGGCAGAGCGCUGAGGGCACAGGUGUCUCGGCCACCUCGGCCCAGCGUGACAAUUUGGUGCAGAUGCUCUCCCGGAACCUAGAGGGGCACCACCAGAUUGCUGCCGCCUGUUUUUUGCCCUCCUAUUGCUGGCUUGUCUGUGCCACCUUGCAUUUCCUACAUGCCCCCACGCCUGCUGGCCAGACCCUCACGAGCAUCUAUACCAGCUUCCUGCGCCUCAACUUCAGUGGGGAAACGUUGGACAGCACCGACCCCUCCAAGGUGUCUCUGAUGGCCUAUGCAGCCCGAACCCUGGGCAAGUUGGCCCACAAAGGGGUAACUUCUCGCAAGACCUACUUCUCUGAAGAGGAUGUCCGUGGGUGUCUGGAGUCUGGCAUCAAGACAGAAGAGGAAUUUCAGCUCCUGCGUGUCUUCCGUCGGGAUGCCCUGAGGUUUUUUUUGGCCCCGUGUGUGGAGCCAGGGCACCCAGGCACCUUUGUCUUCACUGUGCCCGCCAUGCAGGAAUACCUGGCUGCCCUCUACAUCGUGCUGGGUUUGCAUAAGACAGCCCUGCAGCGGGUGGGCAAGGACAUGGCCGAUCUCGUGGGACGCGUUGGGGAGGACGUCAGCUUGGUGCUGGGCAUUGUGGCCAAGGUGCUGCCCCUACGGGCUCUGCCUCUGCUGUUCAACCUGCUCAAGGUGGUCCCACGGGUGUUUGGGCGCGUGGUGGGUAAGAGCCGGGAGGUGGUGGCUCAAGCCAUGGUGCUGGAAAUGUUCCGGGAGGAGGAUUACUACAAUGAUGACGUUCUGGACCAGAUUGAAGCCAGCAUCCUGGGCGUGGAGGGCCCCCGGCGCCACCCAGACGAACCCUCUGAGGAUGAAGUCUUUGAACUCUUCCCCAUGUUCAUAGGAGGGCUUCUCUCUGCCCACAACCGGGCUGUGCUGGCUCAGCUUGGCUGCCCAAUCAAAAACCUGGAUGUCCUAGAGAAUGCCCAGGCCAUCAAGAAGAAGCUGGGCACUCGGGGGCGUCAGGUGUUGCCCUCCUCGGAACUCCUCGACUACCUCUUCUUCCACUAUGAGUUCCAGAAUCAGCGCUUCUCCGCCGAGGUGCUCAGCUCCCUGCGCCAGCUCAACCUGGCUGGUGUGCGCAUGACGCCUCUCAAGUGCACUGUGGUGGCAGCUGUACUGGGCAGCGGAAGGCAUGCCCUAGAUGAAGUGAACUUAGCUUCCUGCCAGCUGGACCCCGCGGGGCUGCGGACACUCAUGCCUGUCUUAUUGCGUGCCCGGAAGCUGGGCUUGCAACUCAACAGCCUGGGCCCCGAGGCCUGCAGGGACCUCCGAGACCUACUGCUGCAUGACCAGUGCCAAAUUACCACACUUCGGCUAUCCAACAAUCCACUGACGGCAGCCGGCGUGGCACUCCUGGUGGAGGGUCUGGCAGGAAACAGCUCGCUGACACACCUGUCCUUGCUACACACUGGUCUUGGGGACGAGGGCCUGGAGCUGCUGGCUGCUCAGCUGAACCACAACCAGCAAUUACAGGAGCUGAACGUGGCCUACAAUGGUGCUGGUGACACGGCAGCACUGGCCUUGGCAAAGGCUGCCCGGGAGCACCCUUCCCUGGAGCUGCUGCACCUCUACUUCAAUGAACUGAGCUCAGAAGGCCGCCAGGUACUGCGGGACUUGGGGGGCACAGCUGAAGGUGGCGCCCAGGUCGUGGUAUCACUGACAGAGGGGACAGCAGUGUCUGAAUACUGGUCGGUGAUUCUCAGUGAAGUCCAGCGGAACCUUAACAGCUGGGAUCGGGCCCGGGUCCGGCGCCACCUUGAGUUACUGCUACAAGAUCUGGAAGAUAGUCGGGGUGCCACCCUUAAUCCUUGGCGCAAGGCCCAGAUGCUUCGAGUGGAGGGUGAGGUCAAGACCCUCCUGGAACAACUGGGAGGUCCUGGAAGCUGAAGAGUGGUCCAGACACCUAGCUGCCUGACCACUAUCUCCUAGAACUCUUUCUUCUGUGGCCUUCUGUCUUGCACUACUCCUUCUAGAAAGAUCUCUUCACGGACUGGAGGCAAAGAAAUGGGCAUAGCUGGGUCAAUUGGCCUCUUAGGGCAUGUUCAAUCAUUGUCCUCAGGCUUGCAAUUCCCAGGGUCAAAGAUACGGAAUCUGAUGCUCUGGUCUU